AAUGUUGCCUCAGCCAUGGCAACUGCGGCAUCGCAGCCACGGUCGGGCGACGAGCCGACCUGCCCCAUCUGCCUGCAGAUAUACAGCGACCCGGUGGUGCUGGGCUGCGAGCACCGCUUCUGCCGCUCGUGUCUGGCCGAGGCGGCGGCGGCGGCGGCGGCCGAGCGCUGCCCCGAGUGCGGCCCGCCGGAGCCGGAGCGGGAGCCGGUGCCGGUGCCCUGCAGCUACUGCAGCCGGGCGCAGCAAGCCGCUGUCAAAACCUGCCUCAAGUGCGAGGCGUCCAUGUGCUCGCUGCACCUCAAGCUGCACACGGGCAGUGGCGUUUUCCGCAACCACCCGCUGGUGGACACGGCCGCCGACCUCUCCGCCUGGAAGUGCGCCGAGCACGAGAAGGUGCUCGAUGUCUACUGCAAGGACGACCGGGUGUGUGUCUGCACCCUCUGCACGCUCAUCGGCCGCCACCGCGGACACCGCUGCGGCAGCAUCGGCGAGGGGGAGAGGGAGCUGAGGGCUCAGCUGUACCGGCACCUGAAGACCAUCGAGCGGAACACCGCGUCCGUGCAGGCCGCCCUCAGCGAACUUCACACCCAGAAGGUAAACACUCAGAAUCUGAUAGCAGAAACGAAGAGGGAAGUCAAGGAGAAGUAUGAUGAAUUGAGGAAGCACAUUGAUAAUGAAGAGCGGGAUGUUUUCCUGUGUCUGGAUAAGGAGCAGAACCGUGUGAUAACAGAAAUUGACAUUCAAAUCCACAAGCUGGAGAAGGAAAUCAAGUUCUAUGAGAUGUGCCUGGACAAUUUUAAUGACCUCUCACAAAAGAGUGAAAAGCUUUCAUUUAUACAGGGAUUCAGUUCAAUGAUAACCAGGAUCAAGAAUGCAUCAGAACCAUUCAAGUCGCCUCAGCCUCAUCCUUGUCUGGAUAAAAUAAAACUGGAUAGGAUAAAAAAUCACACACAGAAAAACUUCGAGCUUGUCUCCCAUGUGAAGAAAGACAGGGAUCGCCUGGUUUCUUUGUACGGACAACGGCUGACCCCGGAUCUGAACUCAGCCCACGCCCAGUUUAUCCUGUCCGAUGGGAACCGAACGGUGUCCCUGUCUGCCAAGCGGCAGCCGGUAGCCAGGAGGACGGAGCGGUUCGACUGCUGCCAGCAACUGUUGUGCACCGAGGGGGUGAAGGCGGGCCGCUCUUACUGGGAAGUGGAGGUGACUGGAGAUAGCGGAGUCUGGAAGAUCGGGCUUUGCUACAAGACCAUCAGCCGCAAGGGCAAGGGUACCGAGUGUCUGCUGGGCCGCAACUCCAAGUCGUGGUGUCUCUACUCGCUGGUGGGCUCGGUGCUGGCUCUGCACAAUGACAACGACACCAAGCUGACGGUGGGGAGCAUUUCCAGGGUGGGAGUGUAUGUGGAUUUUGAGGCUGGAACGAUCGUGUUCUACAGUGUGUCGGAUAGAAAACUCACCCUAAUCCACAGCUUCCAAGAAGCGGCAUUCACCGAGCCCCUUUACCCGGCACUACAGAUCGGAGAUUUCACCACAUCUCUGACCCUCUGUUCUCUCAAGUGACUUGGCCACAUACAGCGAAACAGCACCAACCCGCUGUGCCUGGGUCUUUGAAAGUGCUUUUCAAUUAGUCUUACUCCCUCUCCCUUCCCCACAGACCUGCGUAUUUUACACCAUCUUUGAUUGAGCUCAUUCUUUUUAAGGUUAGGAUUGAGUGGUGAUUUUACACAUUUCUCGUGCCGGCUUUUUAAAACUUAAAUGCAUUCCUGUACAGCAAUCUCAUUGAUAGGGCUGAGUGCUUAGUUCAGACCAGCAGAACCUCUCCUGGCAGCCAAGGCAACGAGAAAGUCUGGGCAAUCCGACUCACUUGUAAGACGUUGCCCUAAAGCUGAGGGGGUUACGGUGUUAAAUCUGCGGGAGUAGCAGGGCAUGUGUCCUGGCCAUAGCUUGAGCACUCAUUUCCCCUUCUAGCCCAUGCGAUGGCUCGGGAAUGGGGAUGGAAGAGACCUGGUCACAAUUGCAGACUUGUCUCCACUCGGUCCAACAGCUCACUGUUCAGUAAGUAAUGGAUCAACGAUGACGCAUCCCCCCCCCCCACCCCACCCCAUUUCCAAUGUCCACCUCAGGUGGCUGACUCCCGACAACAGAUUGUGAACAGUACGGCAGCCUCUGUCCCGCAAUCUAGUUGGCCACUAAAACUUUCUUCCCCUCCUGCCCGAGACACAGCUUCCAGCCUCGGACGCCCUGUAGGGAACUGGGACUUUUGUGGACCAGCCGAGUUGGGGAUGAAGGCCUGAUCUUGUUGCUGACUUCCCAGCACAGGAGAAUCCAGUCGCGUUUCACCUGGUUAUUCUCUAAUUCCCAGAGGUGCGACUUUUCCUUUCAUUCUAGAACAUUGGACCGUUUUGCUUUGACCUUUCUCAGACCUAUUCAGCUCUCUGUCCUACCUGAGUUUCUUUAUCUCCUGAGCUGAUGUGUGUUGGCUGCUGCGCUUGUAGUGGAACCUGUGAACUGAAAUAUGACUGAUCCUUUCUUACUGCCAGUGAAACAUUGUGAAACGUUUAGGAAUUCCUUGUAUUCCGAUCGGUGCGUAUUAAGUGUUUUAUUUUGUUAUGGAAUGGCACGAAUGCCAAUGUUAUUCUUGCUCGUGAACCGGAAGCUGCUAAAAUGUUUAAUAUUUUGGAUUUUGAAAAAUAAAGUGCUGAUAUAUCAAAGA